GCUACUCCCAGGAGGAAAAAAUGAAAGCCAACGCCCCGUUCUUCCUCAGAUUUCCUUGUAACUGCUUGACGUUUACUUGGAGGAGGUAGAUAGUCGGAGUCAAAGUUUGGCGCUCAUAUAUAAGUCGUGCCUCAAACUUUGUUUCGGCAAAGUUAGUGCAUGUUAACUUAGCGUUGCAAGUUUCUUUUCCUUGACGUAAGAAAGAGGCGUGUUUAUACGAUAGAAUAUCGUAUAUUUUUACAACGGGUUAACUACGUCUUCAUCGUAACCUUGUCGGACGUAUCCAAGGAGGAGGAAACAAAGUUGCGACUGAAGCAUUUUGUUAUUCAAAGAGAAACUUUGAAUCAUGGCAGACUCAGGGGGAAGCCCAGCCGCGAACUUUUUUGAAAAGCUUAAGGCAUAUGUACGGACUCGAAAAGGAACUAUUCUGACAGCAGAAAUUUUGAUCAGCUUUAUCAUCCUCAUCUGCUAUGCGGCGUCGCUGUACAGUGGCUACACCUCUGUGGCCAUAUGUGAGAUGGUCUUUGCCAUCAUCUUCUUGGUGAUCUUCACCAUGGAGCUGGACAAGCAGUUCCAAGUCAUUAGCUGGCCCUGGUCUGACUUUAUACGCGCUGUGAUUGGUGCACUCCUGUACUUGAUCACCUCUAUCAUCUGUCUGAUUGGUGGAGGGGGAGAUGGACCGCGCAUUGCCGGUGGGGUGUUUGGUUUGCUGGCUGGCGUCCUGUUUGGUUAUGAUUCAUACACCAUCUACAUGCUGAUCAAGGGUGGUGCUGGACAUACUGCUGCCCCGACAGAUGAUGGAGUGUAAAUGAGGCUGCCACGCAAUAACUACAUCAAGAAGGAAGGAAUAAGGAACAACUACAAAAGUGAAGCACACAGAAGAGAAAGAAGAACCAAGGGAUGGCAGGGGGAUCUGUAACACUUGUACCCUCAGAAGAUCAGCAAAUAUUAUAAAGUAAAGCACAUUCAGUGAAAACACGGAGACGGAGCACCAUGCGAUAACUAAGAGCAUAACCCCUCAUCCAUAUAUUUGGUCAGUAAGGAGAGGAUUCUGACCUGGAACCUCCUUAUCAUGUGGGAGGAUCAAGAUAAUAUGAUGAUCCUCCUUGUUUGAAAUUUUGAAGUAAAUUGCACCGGUGUUUUUUUUUCCAAGUUAUGUGAGCGGACACACACAUAAUGUAUACACAUAUUCACAGACAGACUGACCCUAUUACAGUGAUAACCAGGUCAUAACACAGAUCACAGUUAAUGACCAGUGGCACAUGUGAAAGAAGGCAAGAAAGACCGCAGUAAAUAAAGCAUACACAAAGAACGGCAGUUGGUGAGAGACAGGAGUCAUUCAGUUAACUGUGUACCCCUUCUCACAGCCUUUGAGUCUGAUGUCGUUUUCAGACCUGGUCUACUCUUGUGAAAGGGAAAGUUGUAAAUAUUGCACACAAACAAGUACAACGUGUUUGUGCUAUCUUGAUUUGGUGCUAUUGUAGUUUUUAAACUAACUUGUCGUUGACUGUUGGAGGGUUACUUAAGCAUUUCAUUUCAUUUCUAUUUGCAUAUUAACAAAAGAACAGUAACAGUUAAUAUGACGUCUACCAGUCUCAGUGCAACGCCACUGAACCCAAGCAUGCAGCCACUUACUCGGGCAUAGAGUAGCUCCAUAACCUUUAUUUUGACCAGCAUUGAGGAUGACAUAAAUAAUCCAAAACUUAACUGUAGAGAGUAUGCUGUGAUAUUCGUGUAAUAUUGCUCUCAAAAUGUUUUUUUUUGUAUGCCACCUCAGAGUGUACUCCUGUUUUUUUUUUUUUUUUUUUCUAAAACUUGAAUUUGUGAGAAUUGAACACAUUUCUGUAGCAGAAGGAAGGGAAAAUCUAAUUUGGUGUUUUGAAUGUGUUUGCUUAUUCGUUAAAUGAUUUCCUUGUGUCUUCACAGAUGAUGAAACAUACAGUCAGUUGCGUAACUGUAGUACAUAUCCUUUGGUUCCUUUUGUUCCUCCUGAUAACAUUUUUGACAUUCUACAGUGACUAUACAGCACCUGUUUCCGUUAUUUUAAUACGUUGUCUUUUAUUUUCAAGAGGAUGGAUAAUUUUUUUUAUUAUUAUUUUAUUUUUUAUUAGGAAACCCGCAAUUUGCUAAUGACACUUUGUAUGUUGUCAUUCCAUUUUGCUAACAAUUGAGAGUGUUAUGUGAGAACAGCAGCUCUCAGGCCAUAAUCGUAAAGUGUUUUUUUUUAAUUUUUUUAAUAAUGCCAACUCAGGAUAUACCAUUUCCCCCUCAUUUUUACAAGGUUGAUGAGUAACCUAAAAAGUGAGAUUGUGAUGUGUCCAUGUGUUUAUUUUUAGAAGGAAAUGUGUUAUGAAUGCAGUAGAUGUGUGUUUCUGCAUUUUAUGUUGUCUGAUAAUACAUGUGGCUGUUGCCUUUUUUGUUUCUGCUGUGUAAACUUCAUUAAAAUACUUGUAACUAAAUUAA